CUUGCCAAGGUUUUCAUGGCUGUCUAAGAGCUCUUCGCCAUGGCUGUCUAAGGUUUUCCGUUCCUUUCUAAAAGUUCUAUUUCGAUACCAAAGUUAGGGUUUACAACAUUCUGCACACCAAGAUUUGGAAGCUUCUUCAACUGAUUAGCUUCGACUUUGCCUCAGAAUCAACUUCAAGGCACUCACCUCCCACCACAAGUUAAAGAAAGCUGUUGCAUCACAACAGAGUCCAUUUGAUCUCUUACGCCUACUAUAUGAUGAGUCUGACGGCAGAUUCUCCCGUCCACUCAUCAAGCAGCGAUGAUUUUGCAGCAUUUCUCGAUGCAGAGUUGGACUCUGCUUCUGAUGUAUCACCUGAGCUAGAUGAAGUAGAAAAUGGAGAAGCAGAGGGAGAGGAAGAGGUGGAAGAUGAUGGCAGCAUAGAUUCUAGCAGGUCAAAGAAGCGUAAAAUUGAGUUGAUUGAAGCUGCAGUUGAUCCACAGAGUUCAGUGUCUCGUGGAGAACCAGCAGAAACUUCAGGAGCAUCUUUGGCGCUGGAUGUAUGCACUCAUCCUGGUGUCAUGGGAGGGAUGUGUAUACGGUGUGGGCAGAAGGUGGAAGAUGAAUCUGGUGUGGCUUUUGGAUACAUACACAAGAAUUUGAGGCUUGCAGAUGAUGAAGUUGCUCGAUUGCGUGACAAGGACCUGAAAAAUUUACUACGACACAAAAAGCUGAUCUUGGUUCUAGAUUUAGACCACACACUUCUGAACUCAACUAGACUUGCAGAUAUUUCUGCAGAAGAAUCAUACUUGAAGGACCAACGAGAAGUACUGCCUGAUGCUUUAAGAAACAACCUUUUCAAAUUGGACUGGAUACACAUGAUGACAAAGCUGAGGCCAUUUGUCCACACCUUCCUGAAAGAAGCCAGUAGUUUGUUCGAGAUGUACAUUUACACAAUGGGCGAACGUCCUUAUGCGUUGGAAAUGGCAAGCUUACUUGACCCUGGAGGUAUCUACUUCCAUUCUAGAGUGAUUGCUCAAUCAGACUCCACUCGGAGACAUCAAAAGGGUCUAGAUGUCGUUUUGGGCCAAGAAAGUGCUGUUCUGAUCCUUGAUGAUACUGAAGUGGUAUGGGGGAAGCACAGGGAAAAUCUUAUACUGAUGGACAGAUAUCAUUUCUUUACCUCAAGUUGUCGACAAUUCGGUUUGAAAUGUAAAUCACUUACUGAACAGAAAAGUGAUGAAAAUGAAGCUGAGGGAGCGCUUGCCUCUGUCCUAGGAGUACUGCAAAGGAUCCACAGACUAUUCUUCGACCCGGAACGUGGGGACAAUAUUAUGGAGCGGGAUGUUAGGCAGGUGCUGAAAACUGUUCGGAAGGAAGUACUGAAGGGCUGUAAAAUCGUCUUCACUGGUGUAAUUCCCAUACAAUGCCAACCAGAAAACCACCACUACUGGAAAUUGGCUGAGAAAUUAGGAGCUACAUUCUCCACAGAAGUCGAUGAAUCGGUGACACAUGUGGUCUCCAUGAAUGACAAGACUGAAAAGUCACGUCAGGCACUGCGAGAGAAGAAAUUUUUGGUCCAUCCAAGAUGGAUUGAAGCUGCUAACUACUUGUGGCGAAAGCCACCUGAAGAGAACUUCCCAGUUAGUUCAUAACUAUUUGCUAACCUUGAUUUUAGGCAACUUUUUUGUAAAUUCUAGUAGAAUGCUUACAGGUUUCAUUCACCAAUAGAAACCAUCCGAUGAGGAAAAAUAGUUCGCGCCCGAGGGAAUCAAAACCAAACUCUGGCUAGUCUUCUUCACUGAUCUCUUGAAUUUUGUCUGGAGAUCAACCAAAUUCAUGUGAUUGUGUGGCAUUCUGGAUGCUGAUUUUGCUAGUUA